GAAAAUUCAUGAAAGAUGAAUUCAUUUCAGCCUUCCUUUUGGAACAGUACUUCCAACCCGUUGAACCUGUCCCAAAGCAGAGAGUUCUCUUAUCAGAGCAUCAGUACAGCAGAGACCAUCAUUCUUCCAUCUUUGAUUGGAAUUCUCUGUUCCACAGGCCUAGUAGGCAAUAUUCUCAUUGUGUUCACCAUAAUAAGGUCUAGGAAAAAAACUAUCCCAGACAUAUAUAUCUGUAAUCUGGCCGUGGCUGAUUUGGUCCAUAUCAUUGGAAUGCCUUUUCUUAUUCAUCAAUGGGCCCGAGGAGGAGAGUGGGUAUUUGGGAGUCCUCUCUGUACCAUCAUUACCUCACUGGACACCUGCAACCAGUUUGCAUGCAGUGCUAUCAUGACUGUAAUGAGUUUGGACAGGUACUUGGCUCUGGUCCAGCCAUUUAAGCUUACCAGUUUGAGAACAAGGUCGAAGACCAUCCGCAUCAAUUUGUGCCUUUGGGUAGCUUCAUUUGCUCUGAUGUUGCCUGUCUGGAUCUACUCGAAAGUCAUCAAAUUCAAAGAUGGUUUUGAAAGUUGUGCUUUUGAUUUAGCAUCCCCUGAUGAUGUGCUUUGGUACACUCUUUAUUUGACUAUAACAACAUUUUUUUUCCCUUUGCCUUUGAUCUUGGUGUGCUACAUUUUAAUUUUAUGUUAUACCUGGGAGAUGUACCAACAAAACAAGAAAUCAGGAUGCUAUAAUCCUAGCAUUCCCAGGCAAAGGGUUCUGAGGUUGACGAGAAUGGUCCUGGUGCUGGUGGGAGUUUUUGUGCUGAGUGCCACGCCCUAUCAUGUGAUCCAGCUGGUAAAUCUGCAGAUGGCCCAACCAACACUGACUUUCUAUGUGAGCUAUUACCUCUCUAUCUGCCUCAGCUAUGCCAGCAGUGGAAUCAAUCCCUUUCUCUACAUCCUGCUGAGUGGCAAUUUCCGUAAACGUCUGACUCAAUGUACCCACAUUCAAAGAAAGGCAACUGAAAGGGAAAUAAACAAUAUUGGAAACACACUGAAAUCAAGCUUUUAG